AUGGCUAUUGCAAAGAAGAAAAGCAAGGCCAAGACGGCUAAGCAAGUUGCAAAAACAAAGAAGGUUCACAAGAAAGUUCCUGGUUUUGAUGCGUUUGCUAAGAACCCACCACAACUAAAAAAGAGAAAGGGAAAGAAGGUUAAGACGGUGGAGGUCAGUGAGGUUAUUGAGCCGACGGGUGGUAUUCAUUCUGUCGAAUGGGUCCAAGCCAUUCAAGAACAGAAAGAAUGUGGUUUUUUGAAGUUGCCGUACGAGGUCCGAAUCAAGAUUUACCGUCAUGCUAUCAAUGACUUUACCUUCUUUUCGUCCACCCAAAUCGAGCCGAGAAAGAAGGGCAAGAAGUUCACUAGCUAUCUUUGGAAGGAUCCUGCUGGUGAUACGGAGAGACUCUACAUGAUCUGUCGCCAAACAUACGUUGAUUUAGUCGGAUCCGGACUCCUCUACCAAAUGAUCCCAUUCAAGUUCUCCAGCCCCCAAACCAUGCUGAACUACUUACUUGUCAUCCACCCCGUCCACCGAGACGCCAUCCGCAACAUCAUUGUAGACAUCAACCUCAUCCACGUACCCAAGUCCUUCCACCCCCUCGCCCUCUCGACCCUCUCCUCCAUGACCAACCUCCGUUACCUCGAAGUCCAAAUCAUCAUCGCAAAGCGCCUCUUCGACCGAUUCAUAGCUACUGCCCAAGGUCCUUACUGGAAUCCGGCCCGAUACACUUACGGCCUUAACGAAAAGGUUAUAGAGCGUCUCAUGAAGUCCGUUGAUCCAGCAACUUUGGUUGAAGAUGAAGAGGAUGUGAAGCGAUGGAAGAGCCUGGAGACGUUUGUGGUGUUCUGGGCCCCAGAGUGGAUGAAUAUGGAGCUUGUGGACGGUGAGGCCGAGAAGCUGGAGAGUGUUGCAGAGGCUUGGCGGGCUGCGAUGAUGAGUGUUAAGUCGGCAUAG